AUGUCCACCACCAUGUCGAGCUCCAACGAAACUCCUGACAACCUCACCGGCACCAACAGUGACUGGUCCGGCGCAGAAGCCAACUACCCAGCUGGCAUGACUUUCGAAGGCAGCAUGUUCCCACCUGGUCGCGAUAAAAACAUCUGGGGUCAGCAAGACCCCCUGGAGGCCGUAGGGCCACCAGGUCCCUCCAACGAAGAGAACGGUGAAGAGUUCUGGAGGGAGAGUAAUCGAGGCAAGCACGUCUGGACGGGCGAGGCGAUUGUAUAUACAAACAGGCGACCAGACGCCACGCAGCAGGAGUACCAGACCAAGUUCUGGGAAAAGUACGACGCGCAGAAGGCGCAAGAAGCGGAGGGCAGCGUACAAGAGCAGACUCAGGGCCAGCAACAGGUCGACGAGCAGCACUUCCCAGACGCGCUUCCGACUCCUUCAUUUCCUGCUUGUGUACCAGCGCCCACCAACAACAACGCUUCUCAGCAGUCCAUCAUUCCCGCACCUCACAUUCUUCAAGCUUCACCUCCAGGGAGCGCAGGAGUCCUUGACUACCUUCGCGCCAACGGACUGCUCCAAGCUCAGCAAGUCCCAGCCGCGCGACCCUCCUCAGACAUCGACGGCGAGUACGAGGUCGACGACGAAUACCUUACCGACGCUCCUCACGACCUUCCCAGUCCCUCAGACAACCACGACCAGCUUCCAGACAGCACACCGCCCAAGACCUCACCGCCUCGUAGCAUCGAUGACUGGGAUGAUGACAACCUAUUGAGCUUCUGGAAGUGGAAGGUCAUCAGGAAGAAGGGGUACGAGCCGAUGCUCACUCAUUUUCCGGGACAGACCACGGAGACGCUGCAUGAGACGUGGAAGGCACACAAGGCGCGGUGUGAGGAGUUGGGUGCUGCGUGGAGGGCUGCUGGGAAGCCGGCGGGCUCUGUUGAGGAGUGGUCGGACGAGUGA